AUGUUGUUCAAAGCUCUCACACUCGCUUUUAUCGCCAUCAGCAGCGCCUCCGCUGCCCCCGAUGGCACCACCAACAGCCUGAACAGGCGCACCGGCACCCAAUACUGCGGUGAAGCCACCUGGGUUCCUCCACGCGGCUCAACCCCGGGGUACUGCAAAUGCCCCUACGAAGGCCAGAUCUACAAGCAGUACUCCUGCGACUGCCCCGACGCACAGACUCUCAAGAACAGAAAGUGCGUCAACAAGUGCCCUGACGAUUCAGAGUACAAGCCUGGUAACUAUGGCAGCUGGUUUUGUGUCUGCGAUGACGACGGGGCUGCUUGGUCUUCGUCGUCUGGGCAGUGCAGCUGCAAGUCGGGAAAGGAGUCUGUUCAGGGGAAGUGUGUUGAUAAGUGUCCGGGGGGUACUACUCGACAGGGUGAUGGUACAUGCAAGUGUAACGAUCCCAAGAAGGAGGUCUUCAAAGGUUCUUGUGUGGACAAGUGUCCCCAGUACUCCACUCGCCAGGAUAACGGUAGCUGCAAGUGUCAGGAUGACAAGGAGCUGGUCAAGGGUGUUUGCGUCGACAAAUGCCCUCAGUAUUCGACGCGUCAGUCUGAUGGCAGCUGCAAGUGCAAUGAUCCGAACAAGGAGAUCAGCAAGGGAGCUUGUGUGAACAAGUGUCCUAAGGAUACUACACGCCAAGCUGAUGGGUCUUGCAAAUGUGACGAUGGUAACAAGGAACUCGUCAAGGGCGUUUGCGUCCCGAUAUGCCCUACCGGAUCGACCCGUCAGAGCGAUAACUCUUGCAAAUGCACGGACGACAAGCAGGAGAUCGUCAAGGGAGCAUGCUCUUGCGUGCCUGUCUGUCCUAAGGAUUCGACCCGCCAAUCUGAUGACACUUGCAAAUGCACCACCGAUAACGAAGAGAUCGUGAAGGGAUCUUGUGUCCCUGUCUGUCCCAAAAACUCAAAGAGACAAAGCGACGAUACCUGCAAGUGUGAUGAUGAAGCGCAAGAAAUCAUCAAAGGAGCUUGUGUACCUGUUUGCCCGAAGGACUCGACCCGUCAGAAUGAUGAUACCUGCAAAUGUGAUACAGACAACCAGGAAAUCAUCAAGGGCACUUGCGUUCCAGUCUGCCCUCAAGACUCUACGCGACAAGGCGAUGAUACAUGCAAGUGCGACGCAGAUGAUGAGGAAAUCGUCAAGAACACUUGCGUACCAGUUUGUCCGAAGGAUUCGACAAGACAACAAGAUGACACUUGCAAGUGCGACGAUGGUGAUACUGAGAUUAUCAAGAAUGUUUGUGUCCCAGUUUGCCCCAAGGACUCAAAGAGGCAAGACGAUGAUACCUGCAAAUGCGACGCAGACGACCAAGAGAUCAUCAAAAACGUUUGUGUUCCUGUCUGCCCUAAAGAUUCCAAGAGGCAGGAGGACGAUACUUGCAAGUGUGACGCAGAGGAUGAGGAGAUCAUCAAGAACACUUGCGUACCAGUUUGUCCGAAGGAUUCGACAAGACAACAAGAUGACACUUGCAAGUGCGACGAGGACAGCUACGAGAUCAUCAAAAACGCCUGCACACCUACCUGCCCUGAUAAGUCGAGCAGACAAGAGGACUAUACCUGCAAGUGUAACGAUAACGGCUACGAGAUUGUGAAGGGCACUUGCGUGCCAGAGUGUCCAAAAGACUCAAGCCGCCAAGAGGACGGCACUUGCAAAUGCAAUGCAGAUGGCUUUGAGAUUGUGAAGGAAACAUGCACAGCUGAAUGUCCCAAGGACUCAAAACGUCAACAAGAUGGCACUUGUGCUUGCGACACCGAGGGCUACGAGAUCGUCAAAGGUGCCUGUGUCCCAGAGUGCCCGAAGGAUUCUACCCGCCAGGAAGACGACACCUGUAAAUGUGAUGCCGAGGGCUUUGAGAUUGUCAACGGCGAAUGCAAGGAAAAGUGCCCCAAGGACUCAGAACGUCAGGAGGACAAGUCUUGCAAGUGUACUACUGAUGGCUACGAGAUCGUCGGCGGGGAGUGCAAGCCUGAGUGCCCUGAAGGAUCUACUCGUCAGCACGAUAACACCUGCAAGUGCGACACCGACGGUUAUGAACUCGUUAAGGGAGAGUGUAAGCCCGGGUGCCCCGACGACAGCUCUCGCCAAGAGGAUGGAACAUGCAAGUGUGCUGCUGACGGUCAUGAGAUCGUUGGCGGCGAGUGCAAACCGGAAUGUCCUGAAGGAUCUACCCGCCAGCAAGAUAAGACUUGUAAGUGUGAUACAGCUGGCUACGAAAUCAUCAAAGGAGAAUGCAAGCCCGAAUGCCCCAAAGAUUCCUCACGCCAAGAAGAUGGUACAUGCAAGUGCACCGCAGCUGGCUAUGAAAUCGUCAACGGCGAGUGCAAGCAAGAGUGCCCCAAGGACUCAACACGCGGUGAAAAGGACGUCUGUAUCUGCGACGACAAACUCGCCGAGCUAGACACCAAGAAUAUCUGCACCUGCAAACCCGGCAACGAGCCCUUCAAAGACAAAUGCACACCCAAAUGCGAAGGCGAUUCCACCCGCGACAACGACGGUAACUGCGUCUGCAGCAAGCCCAACACCGUCCUCUCUGGUAAAAAGUGCGUCUGCAAAAACGGCUACAAACCCACCAAGAAGGGCUGCAAGAAAGACUGUGGCUCACACGCUUACGACAAAGACGAUGUCUGUGUGUGCAAAAAGGCCGGCCAGACGUUCAACGAAGACAAGACCUGCACGUGUCCUACUGAUACACGCUGGAACGGCAAGAUGUGCGCUUCAAAUUGUGGCUCUGAAGCGUGUUGGAGUAACUCCGCCAAGGGAUGUGUCUGCAAUAAAUCAGGCAUGGAUUUUGACAGUGGGACGAAAACAUGCUCUUGUCCUGAUAAGAAAGUAUGGUCCGAUGGACAGUGCCAUAAUGAUUGUGGAAAACUAGCUACAUGGCACAAAAAGUCUCAAACCUGUGUUUGCCCUAAAAAGGGUCAAACCUUCAACCCUACUACUCUCGGCUGUGGAUGCACAGGUGGUAAGAUCUGGAGUGGCAAGGAGUGUAUCACCGACUGUGGAGAUUACGCCUCGUAUAACUCCCGAUCAGGCACGUGUGUUUGUGAUAAGAAGGGCCAGACUUUUGAUGCAGAUGAGAAGACUUGCGGAUGUCCCGAUGGAAAGGUUUGGUCGAAGAAUCAGUGCACUGUUGACUGUGGCGAUGCAGCUUCGUGGGAUGGGUAUGCUGGGAAGUGUGUUUGCUACAAUAAGAACCUUGUUUGGGCGGAUAAGAAGUGUACUUGUGGGACGGGGAGGAAGAUGGUUGGCAAGGGCUGUGUUCGAUCUAGGUUCUGAAUGGCCCUUUGAUGGUGAUGGGUGAUGAGUUGGUGGUAUCUCUUCUUCUUCUUACCUUUCUGCAUUGUGUUACUUCUACCUUGCGUCUACUCGCUUUAAU